AUGUCAGAGGAGUAUGACACGGUGGCCCCUCCAGGUGCCAAAAAAAUGAAAACGGAUGAGUCAAUUGAAAGAAAAAGAGUGCUAUAUGUUGUUCUCGAAGGUUGCAGUCUUGAAUCAGCGAAGAUAGGAAAGGAUUAUGUCAUCCUAUGCAGUGACAAGCAUGCAAACUUUCUGCGUAAGAACAAGAAAGAUCCAGCGGAUUACCGACCUGAUAUUCUUCAUCAGUGCCUAUUAAACCUACUGGAUAGUCCAUUGAAUCGAGCGGGGCAUCUGCAAGUGUUUUUCCGAACGAACAAGAAUGUAUUGGUUCAAGUCAGUCCUCAAUGUCGAAUACCACGAACCUUCGACAGGUUCUGUGGGUUAAUGGUGCAGCUGCUUCACAAAUUAGUUGUUCGUGCAGCUGAUACAUCGCAGAAGUUAUUAACAGUAAUCAAAAAUCCGGUGUCAAAUUAUUUACCAGUGGGAAGCCGUAAGAUCUUGAUGACUUUCAAUACUGAUGAAUUGAUAUUACCGAACAAACUUAUGUCACCGAAGGAGGAAGCUCCCCUCGUGGUUGUUAUAGGAGGUAUUGCAAAAGGGAAGAUAAUCACCGAUUACACUGAUCAGGAUGCGAAAAUCAGCAAUUAUCCCUUGAGCGCAGCUUUAACAUGUGCAAAAGUUACAAGCGGACUAGAAGAGAUUUGGGGUGUUAUCUGA